AUGUCGCGUUGCGAGGGUCCCAAAAUUUGGGUACCGCCGGCCACGGAAGUGUGUGGUGGGGACGUGGCCGAUAACAUCUUGGAGUUCUUGCAGAUCAGAAAUUCCAUGAACCUGCCUCCCGACAAGGCCCGGCUCCUGCGGCAGUACGACAACGAGAAGAAGUGGGAGCUCAUCUGUGACCAGGAAAGAUUCCAAGUGAAGAAUCCUCCACACACAUACAUCCAGAAAUUAAAGGGCUAUCUGGACCCAGCAGUCACCAGGAAGAAGUUCAGAAGGCGAGUCCAGGAGUCGACUCAAGUGCUGCGAGAACUGGAAAUUUCUUUAAGGACAAACCACAUUGGGUGGGUCAGGGAGUUCCUGAAUGAGGAGAACAAGGGCCUGGAUGUUCUGGUGGAGUACCUGUCCUUUGCACAAUAUGCAGUCACGUUUGACUUUGAGAGCCUGGAGAACAGCGUGGAGAACUCCAUGGACAAGUCCAAGCCCUGGAGCCGCUCCAUCGAGGACCUGCACAGGGGCACCAACCUGCCCUCCCCGGUUGGGAACAGCGUCUCCCGCUCGGGCCGGCACUCCACGCUCCGGUACAACACCUUGCCAAGCCGAAGAACACUAAAAAACUCCAGAUUAGUGAGUAAAAAGGACGAUGUUCACGUCUGCAUCAUGUGCUUGAGGGCCAUAAUGAACUACCAGUAUGGAUUCAACAUGGUCAUGUCCCACCCCCACGCCGUCAAUGAGAUCGCCCUGAGUCUGAACAACAAGAACCCCAGGACAAAGGCCCUCGUCUUGGAACUCUUGGCAGCCGUUUGCCUCGUCCGAGGGGGACACGAGAUCAUCCUGUCGGCCUUUGAUAACUUCAAGGAGGUGUGUGGGGAGAAGCAGCGCUUCGAGAAGCUCAUGGAGCACUUCAGAAACGAGGACAACAACAUAGACUUCAUGGUGGCCUGCAUGCAGUUCAUCAACAUCGUGGUGCACUCCGUGGAGGACAUGAACUUCCGAGUGCACCUGCAGUACGAGUUCACCAAGCUGGGCCUGGACGAGUACUUGGAUAAGCUGAAGCACACGGAGAGUGACAAGCUCCAGGUGCAGAUCCAGGCCUACCUGGACAACGUGUUCGACGUGGGAGCUUUGCUGGAAGACGCCGAAACCAAGAACGCGGCCCUGGAGAGGGUGGAGGAACUGGAAGAGAACAUUUCUCACUUAUCUGAAAAACUCCAGGAUACGGAGAACGAGGCCAUGGCCAAGAUUGUGGAACUGGAAAAGCAACUUAUGCAAAGGAACAAAGAACUGGAUGUGAUCCGGAUUAAUGAGAGUAGUGACACCUUUCCAGGAUUCCAGUGGGAUAAUUCAGCUCUGGCCAGUUCUCCAGUGCUGAAAUGCCAGCUGGAGAGCUACCCUCUGGGAAUGUGGGGUGUUCUGCGGCCAGUCCCUCAGGAAUCUGUGGUUUCCUCUGCCCUGUGUGCAGCUGUGAAGAUCAAGAAGCCCAUCAAGACCAAGUUCCGCAUGCCCGUGUUCAACUGGGUGGCCCUGAAGCCCAACCAGAUCAACGGCACCGUCUUCAACGAGAUCGACGACGAGAGGAUCCUCGAGGAUCUAAACGUGGAUGAAUUUGAAGAAAUCUUCAAGACAAAGGCCCAGGGCCCAGCCAUUGAUCUGACCUCCAGCAAGCAGAAGAUCACCCAGAAAGGCUCCAACAAGGUCACGUUGCUGGAUGCCAACAGGGCCAAGAAUCUGGCCAUAACUCUCCGGAAAGCCGGGAAGACGGCGGACGAGAUCUGCAAGGCCAUCCACGUGUUUGACCUGAAGACGCUGCCGGUGGAUUUUGUGGAGUGCCUGAUGCGGUUCCUGCCCACGGAGAACGAGGUGAAGGUGCUGCGUCUGUACGAGCGGGAGCGGAAGCCCAUCGAGAACCUGUCGGACGAGGACCGGUUCAUGAUGCAGUUCAGCAAGAUCGAGAGGCUCAUGCAGAAAAUGACCAUCAUGGCCUUCAUCGGCAACUUCGCCGAGAGCAUCCAGAUGCUGACCCCGGUGAGCCGUGGAAUCCGGGAAUAUCCUGAGCUGGGGCUGGUGCUUCCCAACAUGGAAAACCAUGAUGGAGCUGGAGAAGCACCAGAGGGUCUCUUUGCUUGGAACCUGCUGCUCCAUCUCCUGGCCUGUUGCCCACAGCUCCUGGAAACCAAGUCGACAGACCGGAAGCAGACGCUGCUGCACUACAUCUCCAACGUGGUCAAGGAGAAGUACCAGCACGUGUCCCUCUUCUACAACGAGCUGCACUACGUGGAGAAGGCAGCAGCAGUGUCCCUGGAGAACGUGCUGUUGGACGUGAAGGAGCUGCAGCGGGGCCUGGAGCUGACGAAGCGCGAGUACACCAUGCACGACCACAACACCAUGCUCAAGGACUUCAUCCAGAACAACGAGGGCAAGCUCAAGAAGCUGCAGGACGACGCCAAAAUAGCCCAGGAUGCCUUUGAUGAUGCUGUGAAGUACUUUGGGGAGAAUCCCAAGACAACUCCCCCCUCAGUCUUUUUCCCAGUGUUUGUCCGGUUUGUGAAGGCCUACAAGCAAGCAGAAGAAGAGAAUGAGCUGAGGAAAAAGCAGGAACAGGCCUUAAUGGAAAAACUCAUGGAGCAGGAAGCGUUGAUGGAGCAGCAGGACCAAAAGUCCCCCUCCCACAAGACGAAGCGGCAGCAGCAGGAGCUGAUCGCGGAGCUGCGGCGGCGGCAGGUCAAGGACAACCGGCACGUGUACGAGGGCAAGGACGGGGCCAUCGAGGACAUCAUCACAGAUCUUCGGAACCAGCCGUACCGCCGGGCCGACGCGCUGAGGAGGAGCGUCCGCCGCCGCUUCGACGAGCACGGCCUGCGCCCCAACGGCCCCGACGUGGCCAUGUGAGCCCCGGGGGGGCUCCCCGGGGGCCUCGGCCACGGACACUCCGUGCUCGGCGAGCCCCGGGAACG